GAGAGUACAAGCGAAGUCAUCAUUUCCUGACAGGGAAGCGACGAAAUUAGUACCAUGGUUUCCUGUUUUCUCAGAAACAGUUGCUAAUGCAGGAAGAUAAUUCUUCAGCGAAAAAAAACACCAAAGUUCUCAGGGAAAAUGGAGAGAGAUAGGUGGUUUUGUGGGCAUUGUCAGGGGUAUUCGUUUCGAAGUGCCUUAUACUACAACAUGGACUUAACAAAUUUUUUACAACAGCGCUAACUUUAACUUACAUUAACGGCAAGCUUCGAGCGUCAAAAUCUAACAAAAAUGCUGCAUGUGUUUUAUGUCGACCUGGGGAGUACGUACAGUUUUGAAAUGGAGCUGGCGAUGGAAAGUGUUCAGGUGCUGAUGAGUACACUGGCUGUUGAAACGGGUAUCCCAGAGGACAAGCAAGUCUUGUUGAUAUCAAAUGGUGAAGCAUUGGAUCCCAGAGAAAGAGUCUGCAGUUAUAACAGUGCUGGCACUGAUACCAAUCCAAUAUUUUUGUUCAGCAAAUCCACCAUUGAGUCCUCCAUUCCACCAUCUCCCAGUCUAAACUUAGGUUCAGAAGCAAAUUUGAAGGAGCAAGUAGAAAAAUCUUUGAAUUUACCACCCACAUAUGAAACUCUUGUAUCCAGAGCUCAGCUAGCAUCUGAAUUCUACUCGCUUUCCGUCCAAAUUGCAGAGAGCUGUGAAAAUCUAGUGUGUGAGCAAAAGCUCCAACAGAAGGGAUGGUCAGCAGUUGUUGCCAAUUUGGAAAGCAUUGCAAGUGAGUUUAAAGUCAGAUCAAGUAGUGUUCAUCAAAUCUACUCAGAGUUUCUGGAUUCAAGGACAAGAUAUAUUGAGUUACUUGAUAGGUUCAAAGACAUCUUGCCUCUACUAGCCAAGGUACCUGUUCUUCCAUGUCUCAUUUCAAGACAGCUUUCCCAAGUUAGACAACAGGAUAUAGUUAGUCUACUGGACUGGAUAAGUGCACAGGACAACAAGAACAGUCUCCAGGACAUGGUCAAACAGUGUAUUGAGGCAGUGGAGCAGUUUGACGAAUCACAUCUUACUGAAAUUACUACAGAAGUAAAUCAGGUUUUAGAGUCUCUUGAUAAUACGAAUAUGAAAGAAAUCAAAGGAUUGGAUGAAAGACUAGCUGGACUUCAACACAUUCUUCAGAAUGUGCAAAAUUUCUGUCAGUCCCAAGCAGACAUGUCACAGGGUCUUCAACAGAAUGUGACAAGUGUUCAAAAUGUUGGCCGCGACCGUUCAGUUCUUUCUGAUUUAUGUGCCAGUCACCAAAAACAGCUUUUGAUGAUGACUAAGAAUCACUCACACUUGAGGGAUAUCAGGAAAAAAUGUGCAAGAGCUAAGGAUGAGUUAUCUGCUAAUCUCCACACCAGAUUAAGAUGGAUCAUGUAUAUUGAGAAGAAGAUAUGUGAAUGUGAUGGAACCAUCAUCAUGUAUCAUGAAAAUAUAAGAAGAAUAAAGCGAAGGUUGGAGAUUAUUGAACAAGUGAACGAGGCACCACGCAUGUAUAUCUUAGCUGUUGCAGAAGUAGUGAGAAGAAGGUCAUUUUCUUCGCAAUUUCAAAAGUGGGCUAGUAAAUUAUGUGAGAUCUCAUUAGAAGCAAGGACAGAGGAAACUGCACACAGAGAGGAAUUUGAGUUGCAGUUUGGCCAGCAUUUUUUACAAAGUUUAUUCAGUGGUUUGUCUGACAGGCCAUCUAGAUUUGUGGAAAAGCCACCCAAACCUUUUGACGAACAGCUUCCAGUCAUAACAGAAAGAGACCUACAAGAAUUGAAAGAUCAGAUUCCAGAGCUAGCUUCUUAUUUGGAGUCUAGUUCUGUCAAUGUCAGCAUGGGAGAGGAAGGCACAAAAACCAGUUUUUUACAUUCAGAAGAACUUGAAAAUGUUAGCGAUGUAGCCCAAUUUUCUGUAAAACUUGAAAGAACUAGUGAUGGUAUUACAGAUAAGAAAGUGACAUCCUCAAUUGAGGACAUGUCUUCUUCUGAGAGCAAAGCUACCCAGAUGAGUGUGGACACUUCAACCCAAGCUGAAUGGACAUGUAGUGGCAAUCAGAAUACUCUUGAACAGGAAGGGAGGCAAGGGGCCACAGAAAAUUACUGUACUCAGGAUACUACAGAGACCACCGAAAAUCCUCAUGAUAAUAAUUCUAAUCAGAGAAAAAAAAGUAACAGUGAUACUUCUUCAGAGAAAAGCUCUGCAGCUGAUGAUAGUGACCUAGUUUUUCGUUCAGCACAUGAGGAUUAUGUAACUGUUUUUGAUGGGGAUUUGACGGUUAAUUUCAAUGAAAAGGAGAUCCCCCCUGAUUUACAACCAGUGGCUGAAGUUCAAGAAGACUGUGCUGGAUUGCUUGAGGAAGCCAGUCAAACACCAACUCUUGCUAGUUCUGGAACUCAGAGUACUGAAAGAUCUAAUGAUGUGUUUCAAAGAUUAGAAGAGUUACAAGACCAAUUAAGAUCAACCCAAGAAUCUUGGGAGAAGACAAUUUUGAAAAAGGAAACAUUUGAACAACUGAACACAAAAGUCAGAGAUUGUGUUUAGGAUGAGCUCAAGUUUUUGCAUCAGUGUCUAAAUGAUGCCAGAGGACUGGUGCUAGAGUGGCAAUCAAAGAUGAAGGCGGAUGUUUUACUUGCUGUUGGUAAUUUAAAAGAAAAAGGGGAUUUGUGUGGCAAAAACAUAGCUCAAAAUACUGCUCAGAAAACUAAAGAAGAGUUUGAAACAGAAUUGUUGCAAAUGAAUGCAAAGUUUGAGAAAGAAAAGCAAGCUUUCUUAGAAAUCAAGAUGAGACUUGACCUUGAAAAAAAUGAAAUUCUAGAUCAACUAAAGCAACUGCAAGCUGAAAAGGAAAAAAGUGAAUGUCGACAUAGAGAAGAAACUGAAAAAUUGAGUGAAAUUGUGGCUGAUUACAAAGCCAAAUUGGAAGAACAUGAGGGUGCAGCACAGAAGCUUCAAGAAAGCAAAUCACGCUUUGAGGAAGAUCAGCAAAUACGAUUCAAUGCCAUAAUGAUGAAACUAAAGAGGGAGAAAGAACAUGCUGUUUUACAGGCACAAGAAAAAAUUAAAGAGUUGAAACAGAUAGUUGAACAACAGGAGAAAGAGGUAAAGUCCUUAGCAAUGGAGAAAGAAAGAAUCACAGAAGAGCUUGGACAAGUCCGCAGUGCCUUUUGUAAAAGAGAACAGGAACUUGUUGCAGCUCUUCAAGACAAAGAAUCAAAAAUUCUGAACUCAGAGAUCCUAAUGAAAAACAAAGAGGCAGAAUUCUUGCAGCAGAUUGAAAAGGAGAAAGCAUCAGCACUGGCAUUGCUGCAGGUUGAACGAGAAUUGUGGGAAGCAAAUAGAGGGCAAGGGUUACCAGGGAAACUUCAAGAAACUGACUGUGUUACUGAUGCUGUGCUUGAGGAAGAUAAUCAACAGAAAGUGAAAUUACUGGAAGAGGAAAACAAGAGACUUGCUGAAAACUUGUCUGAGCAAACUUUGGACAAGUCUGGACAGCUGAAACAAGCUCUGGAUGCAAAAGAUCAACAGAUAAAAACUCUUAAGCAACAGCUAAAUCAGAUGAAACAUCUGAGUGGAGCAAGUGCAGUAUCAUCAAAGAUGGACAAAGUGUCUUUGAUAGACUUUCAAAGUGGUGAUUUAAUUCUUCUUGUAUUUGAUGAACGAUAUGAGAACUACUUAGCAUUGAGCACAGGAAAGACAUUGUUCUUUUUACACCCAGAUUCAAUGGCAGGAUUAGAUCUUGCAACAAGUGGCCCUAAAAAACAACCAUGGAUGCUUGUACAGAUGACUGAUAAAGAAUAUUGUCAAGCUAAAAAGCCUCACAACAGGUUUCGGGUUCCUGUGGGAACAAAGUUUUACAGAAUACAAGUCAAACCUUGUGAAUUGUGAACAUUCAUGAAAAGGAAUGUGCUUGUAAACCUCUACAUUCAGGAGAAGUCAUGUAGAGCAUCUUGAAUAAGAUUCUGAAGAUAUUAAUGUACUCCAAGGAAUAAAGUGUAAAGUGGAGUGCAUUGAUACCCACUGGAAAGUUAGGAGCACUCUGUGGACCUGUACCCCUCAGAUAGAGUGCAAAUGUUAAAUUCAUUAAUCCUUGUAACCCCAAAAUGUAGGCUUUUGUGAAAUACUGGUGUUUAAAUAUCUAAGUGGGAGGAUUGUAGAGGGGGUGGGGUCUGAAUGGUGUGUUUUAGUUAGGCUUCAAGAAAUAUUAUAGUAAGAAUUAUUAUUGAAUUUACCUCUUUGUACAAGGAAAAUCUACCAAAUUGGACACUUUUUGAUAACAAGGACAUUCUUUACCAAAUUUUUCGAUUCACUACCAAGGAUAUCUUAUGUACCUUUUAUAUUGCUGGUAAAAUAGCCAGUACUCUUUCCUAAUACGUGUUAUCCUAUGUUAAAAGCCUACAAGCAAGUGCUCAUGAUGAUACAAGGUUUUUAGUGGUAUUAGCAAUCUAGUUCUACAUCAAAUUUUCAUUUCUGUGUACAGUUUCACAAUGCUAGGUAUUUUCAUUAGUAAACCUGUGCUAGAAUUGCCAGCUGUACUUUACCCUGUGAAAGCCGUAAAGCUAUUUUUGUUUUGGAAAGAGUAGCAUCUGAUUUUGAAGUACACAAUUACUGUUAAUAUUGCUUUGAGUCAGGGUGAUAGCUUUAACUUCAAAUUUUGGUAUUAAUAAUGUUAAGAAAUAAAAUAAUUCUGAUUCUUUUUAAGUGUG